AUGGAGAAUACUGGAGCACAAUCUCUGGAGUCGGGAUCGACUGCUCGAAGUUCCGAGCUCAUAGAUAACUGGGUGAAAGACUAUAAUCGUCGAUCACAAAGCGAAAGCGAUAAAAUUAAAGAUUACGGACAAAUACAUUUUGCAUUAAAUGAUCGUACAUCACAGUAUAUACGCUACCCGUUCAAAGUUCAUAACAAGAAGUAUUCAGGGGCUCAAGUGAAUGUUCACGAGCAGAGGCAAAGCACUGAUCCCGAUGAAAAAAUAGUUAAUCAAUCAAGUGCUUCUAUGCUUAUAAAACUGCCUCAUACACAUUUGGCUGGUUCGUAUAGAACUAAAAACUACGAAUCGGCUACACAUAUUCUUCAUUUAUUAUGUGACAUAUGGCAGUUACCUCCACCUAAACUUAUAAUCUCAGUUACAGGUGGCACUAAGUUCUACAACCUAGCGGAGAAGAGCCGUAUUUCACUUCAAAAAGGGCUAUUCUCGGUUGCUAUCACUACUGAUGCUUGGGUGUUUACCGGAGGAACACAUGCCGGAGUUAUGAAGGAUGUGGGUGAGGCAUUCGAAAAAUGGGCACACGAGAGUAAUGAUCGAGGCAAAGCUCAUGCUCGAGUUCCUGUUAUUGGAAUUGUAAAUUGGCAUCGUACGACAAAUAACGAACAGUUAAAGCAAGGUGUUGGGAAAAGAGGUUGUGAAAAACUCUAUCGCAGUCGUUCGCAACAAAAUAAAUCUGCAACAUAUUCUCUCGAUCCAAAUCAUACGCACUUUAUUCUUCUCGACGACGCAUGUAAAAGUGAAGGAAAAAAACAAGAAUAUAGCAUUCACACCGACAACACUCUUGCUUUGCUCCUUAAAAUUGAACGGGAAGCUAGUGAAAAGUACACAGUACCAAUUAUUCAAAUACCGAUCAACGGUGGCCAUUUAUCUCUUCUAACAGUGAUUGAAGCAAUAAAAAAUAAAAUGCCUGUCAUUGUUGUUAAAAUGAUAACGUCAAAAGAAGGCUUCUUAUUAAUUAAUAUUUUUUCACCAAAUCCUGAUGAUUCCGAAUUCGAAUUGGGUGAUGUCAUAUUCAACGCAUUACUCCGAGCGGCAAACAUGCUUACACCUAAAAUGUCUGAUGUUCACGUACAAAAGUUCAUCUUGGCUAUGACUUGGAAAAAAUACGAUAUGGCAACCUCGGAUAUGGUUAAAGAAACUAGCAAAACUUCCUGGACAGAUAAUCAGUUAGACAUUGCCUUAAUUAAUGCCAUACAACGUAACUCUGUUCUAUUUGUUGAAUUUCUCAUUCAGCAAGGUGCAUCAUUUAAUCGACUUCGACAAUUGAUUACUAUCACAAACCUCUAUAAGAAAGAAUUUCAUCUACAAUUGCCGAUUCGAAAUUCUCUGAUUGAGGAUAUUAGGAAACCACAAUACUACUAUGAAGAAUAUUUGAAUACGAAAGCAUGGGAAACAACAAAAGACCUCCAAAAAAAUGAUGUGUCACAUCAGGGGUUUAUUCGUGAUAUUCUUCUCUGGUCAAUAUUUGCUGGUAGCUUGAAUUUGCCAAUGUGCUUGUGUUCACACAGUCCAAACACAAUUGUCGCUGCUCUGAUAACCAGUAAAAUUUAUAAAAGAGCAAGUGAAUUGGUGAAAAAAGAAGAGCGAAUACGAGAAUACCGUGAAAGAAAAAAAGAAUUUGAUGAACAUGCAGCACAAAUUAUUGAUAAAUGUUUUUCCCAAGAUGAAAACCUUGCUCUUAAUAUAUUGACAACAAAAUCAGAACUGUACUUUGAUUAUACACCAAUUGAACUAGCAGAAGAAGCAGGUUGUCGUGCAUUUCUAGCUAGUAGAUGUGUACAAACACAUGCCGAUCAACUCUGUCAGCAAAAACGAACAGCAUUCGAGCGGCUCAAGGAUUUCUUUAUCGGACGAGCGAUUGUUCGAUUCUAUUAUAAUGUUAUAUUUUACAUAGUCGUCCUUGGUCUCUUCAGUUUUGUUAUGCUUGUCGACUAUUUUCCAUACAAUAACAAUGGACUUGAACGUAGUGGAUAUCCCAUCGGCAUCCCUAUCACUGAAAUAAUUCUUCAUUUAUGUAUUUGGGGUUUGAUCAUUGAAGAAAUAGUUCAGUUUCAAAAACACUAUAGUCACAAUAAGAAAAAUGAUAAUUCACUACAGACUAUACUGUCAUCGUAUUUUCUCGAUGAUGCAUGGAAUACACUUGAUGCCAUAGCUAUUUUCGUUUACCUUAUCGGUUUCUUUACAAGAUUCAUUGUCAUCGAAGCAGCCUUUAUAGUCUCAAAAAUUUUCAUGUGUAUUGAUCUCUGUUUGUGGUACGUACGCAUUCUUCAUUUGUUUGCCGCUUACGAGCGACUUGGACCCAAAUUAUUAAUGAUAGGUAACACCAUGAAAGAUUUAGCCUUCUUCCUUGUUUUUCUUAUUGUUUUUCUUGCUGCCUAUGCAAUCAGUUCUUAUUCUCUAAUCACAACUUCAAUGCAAGUUACUUGGAAUUCAGACGGGAGUGAUUUAUUUUCUCAAAGUUUUACUAUCAGUAAUAAUGGCACAGGUCUCGGUGAAUGGACUCUUCUGCGGAAUGUUCUGGGCUGGGGUAUAUGGAAAAUUUUCGGCCAAGUUGAUCUUACUGAAAAUGAGGAAAGUCCUGAUUUCUCGGUUUCCGCUGAAAAUGAUGCUUAUGGAAAUAUUGCAUUUGUGUUGACAAUCAUCUUUGUUUGCAUCGCCAAUGUACUACUACUCAACAUACUUGUGGCUCUUUUUAAUAUUACACUCAUAAAAACCACCAAUAAUGUACAAAAAGAUUGGCCUUAUCAUCGGUUUCGACUCGUUAGAGAGUAUUGGGAAAAGUCUCCAAUACCAUCACCAUUAAAUAUAAUAUAUUAUAUCGGGCAACUAGUUCUGAAGUGUUUUCGGGCUUUACGUAAAAAAGAAGACAAUGGAUUUCGUUCUUUCGAUAACCAUAAUGAUUUAGAUGCCGAUGUAACCAAUUUGAUCGUAUUCAAUGCUGAUAAUCCUGUCCCCUAUGAUGGCAAUAUUAGAGAUUCACUUGUAUAA